AAAUUUUUAAGUCGGGGAAUAUUUUCUUGUCUUUGACGGGAAGAAAGAAAAAAAAGAAAAAAAAAAUCAAAGGGUGAGACGUGAUUCUCAUCCACCAUUUUAGGCGACGCGAUAUACCCAAGGACCCGAAGCUGGAACUCCUUUAGCGAUUGUCAUAGCGACAAAAAGACGAGACAAGCACUUUAUUUGUUGCUUUGUUAUUUUGUACCUCUGGGGAAAACAUUGCCCAGAGUCUUUCCCAUUACCCAAGGCGGCGUGUAAAUCGUCCACGAUCCCGGCGUCGCUUAAAACCACCCCGCACUAAAACCGGCGCCGCCCUUUUUGUGCCAAAAACAAUAUAACAACCAACGCCCAGUCGAGAUAGGCCUUUUUUCCAGGCUUUCGAUAUCCUCAGAAAAUGGCUGGUGACGCAAUGGACGUGGAAAAGGCUGAGCAGAAGCUCAAGUCUAUGGACCACUCAGAGCAGCACUACUUCAACAGCUAUAACCACCAUGGCAUCCACGAGGAGAUGCUCAAGGACGAGGUCCGCACAAAAUCCUACAUGAACGCGAUCGUGCAAAACAAGCACCUGUUUAAGGACAAGGUCGUGCUCGACGUCGGUUGCGGUACAGCCAUUCUGUCCAUGUUCGCAGUCAAGGCCGGUGCCAAACACGUCAUUGGUGUCGACAUGUCAACCAUCAUCUUCAAGGCCCGCGAGAUCGUCGCCCGCAACGGCAUGGCCGACAAGAUCACGCUCAUCCAGGGCAAGAUGGAGGAGAUCGAGAUGCCCUUCCCCCACGUCGACAUCAUCAUCUCAGAGUGGAUGGGAUACUUUUUGCUGUACGAGAGCAUGCUCGACACGGUCCUGUACGCCCGCGACAGGUACCUGGUCAAGGACGGCCUCAUCUUCCCCGACAAGGCCAUCAUCUACGCCGCCGGGAUCGAGGACGGCGAGUACAAGGACGAGAAGAUUGGCUUCUGGGACAACGUCUACGGCUUCGACUACACGCCGCUCAAGGAGACGGCCUUGUCGGAGCCCCUGGUCGACACGGUCGACAUCAAGGCCGUCGUCACGGACCCCGCCCCCGUCCUGACCCUCGACCUGUACAAGUGCACCACGGCCGACCUGGCCUUCAGCAUACCCUUCAGCCUGACGGCCCGGCGCGACGACUUCAUUCACGCGCUGGUGUCGUGGUUCGACAUUGAGUUUGCCGCCUGCCACAAGCCCAUCCGCUUCUCCACGGGCCCCCACACAAAGUACACCCACUGGAAGCAGACCGUCUUUUACCUCAACGAGGUCGUCACCGUCCACCAGGGCGAGGAGGUCAAGUGCAACCUGCAGGUCAAGCCCAACGACAAGAACCGUCGCGACCUCGACAUCAAGCUCGACUACACCCUCGAGACUCAGGACCAGACCAGGACGGCCGGUGGAGAGUGCACGUACAAGAUGUGCUAGGUGCGAGGAGGCGAGGAUGGGAUGCUGAGUCCAGAAUAACAAGAAAAAAAAAUCUAUUCCUUAUUCCCUUUUUAUGAUGCAUUGGGGAUUUGAGCUUGUGCCAAGAGUAGAUGCUUUGAUUUCAUGUUUCUUGACCUUGACAAAUGACAACCUUUGAUGACAUGACCCGAAUGAGACCUGCAAUUUGAAAGGUGA